GCAACUUCCUGCCUUUCCUCUUCGCCCACCGUCAGAGAAGAGACGUGCUCCCACACAAUCUCUCCUUCGCACACAGCACAAUGACGCAGACUCAACCGGCUGAGCCCUCAGUAGCCCCUCAGAAGGUGUACCAGCGGGACCUCUCCGAACGGUUCCACUGCUCAGACUGCAACGACCCGGUGCCGAACGUCGUUGAAGACUUCGCCGCCGGAGAUUACAUCUGUGGCAACUGCGGUCUAGUGUUGGGGGCCCGUGUGAUUGACACACGUUCUGAGUGGCGUACGUUCUCCAACUCGGACGAUAACACGGAUGACCCGUCCCGUGUUGGAGCCGCUGGAGACCCGCUGCUCGGUGGAAUGAAUCACAUCGAUUCGACCAUCAUCUCGCAGAGGGACGGCGGGAGCGGGAGAGCUCGGGACUUGAACCGUGUUCACGGUAAAGCGACCAACCAGAAGGAGGAGAAAACUUUGAUGACCGCCUUCAAAGAGAUUCAAACAAUGUGUGAUCGGAUUGGUCUGUCCAAAAUUACGUCGGACUCGGCGAAGCAGAUCUAUAAGAAGGCUGACGAUGCGGCCUUCCUGCGAGGGAAGAGCCCAAUGUCCGUGAUGGCCGCCUGCAUUUAUAUUGGAUGUCGUGAACAGAAUGCUACCCGUACCUUUAAGGAAAUCUGCGCUCUGACCAAAGUCUCGAAGAAGGAGAUUGGUCGAAACUACAAAUUACUCGUCGGGUUACUGGGCAAGCCGGGUAAAGAGAUUAGCAUGGAUUCGUACAUCAUCCGUUUCUCGUCCGCGCUUGACCUCAGCCAAGAUGUCAAGCGUGCUACCAGUGAGCUGCUGAGGCGAGCAAACGAUCUCGGCACUCUUGCCGGCAAAUCACCAAUCUCCAUCGUUGCGGCGUGUCUGUACUUUGUCAGCUGCUUGUGCCGAGAAAACGAAGGCAAAUCGGCAAAAGAGAUCGCACAAGUUGCCGGUUGCACGGAGUCCACGUUGAAGAAUGCCUACAAGCUCCUUUACGAUAUGCGCGAGCAACUCGGUAAAGAUCUGAAGAUGCCUAGGGACCUAUCCGCCCUGACCCCGCCAUGAUUUGGUGGAGGCAGGAUGUCCUUCGCGUCGAGGACUGCUGAAAACUGGGAAGGGUAGACAGACAUGAGUCGUAUCUCUACCAAAUUAAACUUAGCAUGGUCCUCUUCCCUUAGGCGGCUCUCAGUACUCUCGAGCCUGCCAAACACAACAAAUCUUCUGAUGUAGUCUCCCCAUUUUCCUCUUUUGGGAAACAUCUGCUGUGUAUCGUACAGUACCUAUCGUUGAGUAGGCCGAUAAUACACACACGUACGAUUGACAGUAUAUGAA